CAUUAUUCCUUCUUUGGCCUCGUCGGCUCCUCGGUGCUAGUCCGGCUAUUGUUGUGUCUUUCAGGGCAACCCUGACCUAUCAGCAGGCGGUGAUUUGUGGAUAUUUUAACCGUUUUGCCUCGCUCUUACCCCGCCAUAUCAAGUAGUCUUUGUCAGCAGGCGGUGCUUUUUCGUUUCAGCGGAAUAUAAAGAUCCAAGCGGAGGACUUUGGGUCGCUGAAGUAGUAAAUCGGUAUGGGACAAACGGAAGACUGAGAUUGUUCGCUCACCGACUGCUUUGCUCGACUGUUUUCACUUCUUUGGAUUUCCUCCGUCCAAAACAGAAGGUGGGGGAGGAAUCAUCACAGGACGCAUGUAGCCGGAGACUCACUCUGCAAGGGUCGCUUUAAAGGCUUGACGAUGGGUUGCGUCAGGAGUAAAGAGGACAAGGGGCCGGCUCUGAAGUACCGACCCGACAACGCAAACGCCUCGCUAAUGGGUCAUUCCCCUGCUAUGAAGACGCACGAUAACAGCUACAACAGUCAUGUGGGCUCCCUCACGCCGUUUGGUGGGGCGCCUUCGGUCAUGACGCCGUUCGGCGGGGCCUCCACCUCCUUCACCUCGGUGUCAGUGAGCAGCCCCUUCCCCGGCGUCAUCACAGGAGGUGUAACUUUCUUCGUUGCCCUCUACGACUAUGAAGCAAGGACGUCUGACGAUCUGUCGUUCAAAAAAGGGGACCGCUUCCAGAUUAUCAACAACACUGAAGGCGACUGGUGGGAGGCUCGCUCCAUCAACACCGGACAGAAAGGUUACAUCCCCAGUAACUACGUGGCUCCAGCCGACUCCAUACAGGCCGAGGAAUGGUACUUUGGUAAAAUGGGCCGCAAAGAUGCCGAGCGUCUCUUGCUGCUUCCAGGGAACCAGCAGGGCACUUUCUUGGCACGAGAGAGCGAGACGACCAAAGGUGCGUACUCUCUGUCUAUCCGGGACUGGGAUGAGGUGAAGGGAGACAACGUCAAACAUUACAAGAUCCGCAAGCUGGAUAACGGCGGUUAUUACAUCACCACCCGGGCUCAGUUUGAGAACCUGCAGAAGCUGGUGAAACACUACACAGAACAUGCUGACGGUCUGUGCCACAGGCUGACAUCAGUUUGCCCGACGGUGAAGCCUCAGACUCAGGGACUAGCUAAGGACGCCUGGGAAAUCCCACGAGAGUCUCUCAGACUGGAGGUCAAACUGGGACAGGGCUGCUUCGGAGAUGUCUGGAUGGGCACGUGGAACGGCACAACUAAGGUGGCCAUUAAGACUUUGAAGCUGGGCACCAUGUCCCCAGAGGCCUUCCUACAGGAGGCUCAGAUCAUGAAGAAGCUCCGUCAUGACAAACUGGUGCCUCUUUAUGCCGUGGUUUCUGAGGAACCCAUCCUCAUUGUAACAGAAUACAUGGGCAAAGGCAGUUUACUGGACUUCCUCAAGGAGGGGGAUGGUAAAUUUCUGAAGCUACCUCAGCUGGUGGACAUGGCUGCACAGAUUGCAGACGGUAUGGCCUUCAUUGAGAGGAUGAACUACAUUCACAGGGACCUGAGAGCUGCCAACAUUCUGGUGGCCGAUAAUCUGGUGUGCAAGAUCGCCGACUUUGGCCUGGCUAGACUCAUCGAGGACAAUGAGUACACGGCCAGACAAGGUGCUAAAUUCCCCAUUAAGUGGACGGCUCCUGAAGCUGCUCUGUACGGCCGCUUCACCAAAUCAGAUGUCUGGUCGUUUGGUAUACUACUGACUGAACUGGUGACCAAGGGCAGAGUACCAUACCCAGGUAUGGUGAAUCGCGAGGUACUCGAGCAGGUAGAGCGAGGCUACCGUAUGCCAGGCCCCAAUGGGUGCCCCGAUUCCCUCCACGAGAUGAUGAGGCAGUGCUGGAAAAAGGAGCCGGACGAGAGACCCACUUUCGAAUACAUUCAAUCGUUGGAAGACUACUUCACAGCCACGGAGCCGCUGUACCAGCCAGGGGACAACCUGUAGUUAAUUCUGGAUCAAAGUCUGGCAUCCUGAAGAGAUAACACAAUGGAGAUCAAAGCUUGGGAUGACGGAGAACUUCAAUAGAGGGGAGGAAAAGCCUUGACAAGGUUUUAAUGCUACUAACUAAUCCACCGCCACGCUGGUACAUCUGAACUUGAGAAAAGAACAUGUGUUUUGAGGUAGAGGUUUGUCCCAGUUUGUACCAGUGGACCAAAUACUUGGGGAAGCAUCCACGCACAGAUUGAUGCUGGUACGUUACGCUCUGGGAAUAAUCCAAUAAAUGGACCGGCCACAACACUGUGAUCACAAAGACAGGGCUUCUUCCAGUUAUUCAGAUCCAUGGCUACUUUUAGUUUUUUUUAAAUCACUAGAUCAUAAAAUCCCCCCUCGCUCAUCCAAUUUUUUAAAUUUAUUUUGCAAGCAAUUCUUUGAUAUUGAGAGUAAAGAUCUUUUACACGUACAUGAGGUCGGUUUGGUAGGUUGAUAAGUAUGUUUUUAAGCGACCAACAGCUGUUGUUGGAAUGAGGAGUAAGUGCUGUGACUGUUGAGCUUUGGUGGAGAAAGGUGGAGAGAUUAAAAACAUGGUGGACUUGAAAAGGUACAGAAACAGGAGGAGCAGAUGCACACACAGGAUGUGCAGACAGAUGUAUCUUAGCAGGUGUGAUCAGGCGGAUGAAUGAGAGCAUGUAUGGUGAUUUGUAUGAUUCUUAUUAACACAGUCACUUGAACUGAAAUCAUGUGAUUUAUGAUGCUUUUUUAUUUAAACAGGGACUUGAAAUCGCAAAGAGGUAUUUGAUAAUAUACAGAAAGCAUUUUUCCUGUUUAACAUUGUGUAAAUGUUUUUAAAGUUCAUAUUUCAGCUGUGAAAGUCUGAUGUAGAUCACUUCUGUUUAAAGAAUCAGAAUCUUGUCUUUCAUUGGGUGCACAAUUCAGGUUGCUGUUGAAUAUAUCUUUUCCUUUUAUUUUGUGUGUAAACUUGGACAUACAGCUGUAGUAUUCUUCUCCUGUUUUUCAGUAAAAUCCCAACAACCUGUGACUAAAACAUGCCUCCAAUGUCCUCAGUUCUGUGUCUGCUGGAGGGAAAGCUUCAUCCAAAGCCAACUACACAAGAUCCUUUUCAUUUGUGUAACUAUGCAAAGUCAGCCGUUCUGCUGUUGAUGUUUUACAGAAUGAAAGGUCUAAGAUGUUUUCCUGUGUCAAACUCCACUUUCUUCAAUGAACUUUCUUAAUUCAGUUCCCUGUUACAGCAGAGAUGCAUCACUUCUGCUGUGAGGUAACAAAAAACUAACCACAACCCUCCACAUACUGGUGAUCAGAUUAGUUCAUAUUUACAGAAUAAAGAGUCACCCCUUCUCGGUACUUCCUUGUCUGUGCAGUGGUGCAUAAUGGGAAAUUUAAAAGAUGUCAUGGAGUAAGUAAGCUCAACGAUUGGGACAAAACGUGAACUUUUUUAUUCCGUGUUUUCUUUGUGUCACCCAUGAGAACCUAACAUGUGACUGUUCCUAAAGAAUAGAAGAGAUGAUGAUGAAUUCCAGAAAAAUGGUAACUACUAUGAUUUUGUACAGAAAGAAUAAAAGUUUUACUUAAAAAGUU